UAUAUCGUGCAAAGCCGGAGUGGGCCUAAAACUAGUGUGAAUUAUUGAAACGGUGCGUUUCAUAAAAUUAGUUUGGCGAAUCCUUCUUCAAACUGAGACUAUCGGCGAUUAGUUCGAUCAGAGACUCCACGCCGGCAUCGUUACCGGCGACUGAACUGAAGUUAAUAACAAGAUGAUAAGCGCAGUGCUUGUGAUGAACACACAAGGGAAGCCUCGUCUCGCUAAAUUCUACGAAUUUCGGCCUGUGGAAAAGCAGCAGGAAAUUAUUCGAAAUGUCUUUGCAGUCUUAUGCAGUAGACCUGAACAUGUUAGCAAUUUUGUGGAUGCUGAGUCCUUCUUUGGCCCGGAUGCUCGCCUUGUUUACAAGCACUUUGCAACUCUAUACUUUGUGUUCAUAUUUGAUGGGUCUGAGAAUGAGCUCGCUAUGCUUGAUUUGAUACAAGUCUUUGUUGAAACACUGGACAAAUGCUUCAGAAAUGUUUGUGAGCUUGACGUAGUGUUCAACUAUAGUAAGAUGCAUACUAUAUUAGAUGAGAUUAUUUUCGGAGGCCAGGUGUUGGAGACAAGUUCAGCUGAGGUUCUGAAGGCUGUUGAAGAAAUAACAAAGCUUGAAGCAGCAUCCAGUGCAAUCAAUCUUGUUCCAAAAUCCGUUUCUAGUUGGAGGUCGCGGUAGUAAAAUUCCACUUAAGCUUACGAAAGGAACUAUUCCACUUAAGCUUACGAAAGGAACUGCAUGGUUUGGAAAACAAAGUAUCUCUGUUCAGGGAAGUCGGGUUGGAUGUGAUUUUGUUCUUCUAACUGAAACAAAAACUGACACCCUUAACCAGCUGAGUUGACCAUGGUUGCUACUGAUGAGUUUGAUAAGCAAUUGGUGAAAUUUUAUUUUCCUACCUUUUAUUGAUCCAAGGAACAGUGUACAACUUUACUGGCCAUUCAAUGUUCCCAACAGAUCCCAAUUUUGGUUUAUCCAUUUGGUUGCAUUGCCUUGAAAUGGUUGAGAUUGUAUAAAUAUGUUCCUACAUAUUGUAAUUCAUGAAGAAUAUUGGAUAUCCAACUCUCGGAAAGAAUAUUGGAUAUCCUGUAACAUACAGUAACUACUUGUGCAAUUGUUAAUAUAAUUUGGUAGAUCGAUUUGAUGAUCCUUCUAUCCAA